AGCGUCCCUUCGUCUCUUGUCCUCAUUUCACCCGCGGAGCUCCAACUGGAAACAGUGUGUGUGAGUUUCUCUGGAUAAAGAAACAUCUCUUCUUCAGUUCAUUAAAUCCUCAGAUUUAACACAAUGAAGACCCUGAUGUUUGUGGUCCUGCUGGGAAUAGGUCUACAUGGCGCUGCGGCAGUGACUCACUCUCUGAAGUAUUUCUACACUGCGUCUUCUGGAGUCCCAAACUUCCCAGAGUUUGUUACUGUUGGGUUGGUUGAUGAAGCUCAGAUAAAUCACUAUGACAGUAACACCAGGAGAGCAGAACCCAAACAGGACUGGAUGAUCAGAGUCACAGCAGAUGAUCCUCAGUACUGGGAGAGGGAGACUCAGAUCCUUUUGGGUGCCCAGCAGACCUUCAAAGGCAACAUUGAAAUAGUGAAGCAGCGCUUCAACCAAACUGGAGGGGUCCACCUUUACCAGAGGAUGUACGGCUGUGAGUGGGACGAUGACACUGGAGAGAUUAAUGGUUUCAGUCAGUGGGGUUAUGAUGGAGAAGACUUCGUAGCAUUUGACCUGAAGACAGAGACAUACAUCGCUCCGACACCACAGGCUGUCAUCACCAAACACAAGUGGGAUAAUAACAAAGCUAAUAUAGCACAGAGAAAACAAUACUUCACCCAGGAGUGCAUUGACUGGGUGAAGAAGUAUGUGGACUAUGGGAGGAGCUCUCUGCUGAGAACAGAGCUUCCCUCAGUGUCUCUCCUCCAGAAGACUCCCUCCUCUCCAGUCAGCUGCCACGCUUCAGGUUUCUACCCUGAUAGAGCCACACUCAUCUGGAGGAAAGAUGGAGUGGAGCUUCAUGAGGACGUGGACCACGGAGAGAUCCUCCCCAACCACGAUGGAUCCUUCCAGAUGAGUGUUGACCUGAAGCUUCAUUCAUCAGUCACACCUGAAGACUGGAGGAGGUACGACUGUGUGUUUCAGCUCUCUGGUGUGAAGAACGACAUCGUCACCAAACUGGACAAAGCAGUGAUCAGGACCAAUGAAGGUUUUGACGCUACUGUCAUCAUCAUUGCUGCAGUGGUUGUUCUCGCUCUCGUCCUCAUCGCCGUGGUUGGAUGUGUCAUCUAUAAAAAGAAAAAUGCCAAACGCCCUCCAUCUCCUAUAAGCAACCCUGAGGUCAUGGAGCAACUGAACCCCAAUGCCUAAACAACAAAAACACCACCCUGAACACACUAAUACAACAGGGAGGAGGUCGAGCACCUGGCCACCUGGUGCGCCGACGACAACCCGGCCAUCAACACCAAGAAGACCAAAGAGAUCAUUGUGGACUUCAGAAAAACCAGUGGCGGCACACACACCCCCAUCUGUAUCAAGGGAACUGACGUUGAGUGUGUCUCCAACUUCAAGUUUCUGGGUGUUCACAUCUCUGAGGACCUCUCUUGGACCCUGAACACCCCAGACCUGGUCAAGAAGGCUCACCAGCAUCUCUUCUUCUUGAGGAGACUCAAGAAGGCCCAUCUGUCUCCUCAGAUUCUGGUGAACUUCUACCGCUUCACCAUCGAGAGCAUUCUUACCAACUGGAUCACAGUCUGGUAUAACUGCUCGGCCUCGGUCCAGAAAACUCUGCAGAGGGUGGUGAAAACUGCCCAGCAAAUCACCGGUUCACCUACGCUGUAUAUACUGUAUAUCUGUUCAUUCUGUAAAUACUGUUCAUAUUGUAUAUAUCUUGCUAGCAUACCUUUUAUUACCCCUUUAACAGUGAGAUUAAACUGGUGCUAAACCAAAUGGAGAAGAAAAAGACUGUACCUCGAAAGCAUAGGAGGUAAUAACUUGUUUUACAAAAUGUUAACACUAAAAUGAUAAAAUUAGACUUUGGGUCUAAAUGAUCUGUAAAUAUGGAUCUCUGUGAAAUUUUAUUCUCCAAACCUGUAUGAUAAAUGUAUAUUUUCUAUUUAAUGUAAUGUUUUUCUCCCUUUCGGUUUAUGGAUAAAUUUUGCCCUCGAACAAGGAGCGGCCCAACCACAUUCUCCUCUUUAAACUGGGAAUUCAUUGGUUGUUCAUCAUCAUAAACUGAUAGAAUCAGGGUUAGAAAUCUAAACGUUGAUGCUUAAUAAUUGGAAUACAAAGAACACACAUUUAAAAUGAAUUGACAAAUAUUAAACAAUAAAAUGGUCAUAUUAGAUUAUUAAAUAUUAUAUUUAUAUAUUAAACAUUUAUUUCCUGACAAAUUCAAUAUUGGUAACAUAAAUGUAAAUAUAGAAUACAGAAUUGAUUUUCCAGUUGUGUAAAUAGUUUGUGUAUUUCUUAUGAUAUAAUUUAAAGAUUAAAGUAUUUAUUUUAUAUUUUUGUACUUUUCAAUAAAGUGUCUUCUUGUGAUUCCAUAUACAUAUGGUUACACAUCUGUGACUACUAUUAUAGGAAUAUAUAUCAUAUUUACUUAUUUAUUACUACAUGUGAGUUUCUUGUUAUGGAUGACACAUCAUUUGAAAUGAAAACUUGUUUUUAAUGAUUAAAAACAGCAUCUUUUUUUUCCCUGGUUAAAGAAACUGACUUAGCUUUUAAUCAGUUUUUGAUUUUAGGUUUGAAUUAAUGCUUUUAUCUAGAUUUUAAAAUCAACAGUAAUCACUUUAAGACGCAGAGCCGUAGUGCUGUGACUAUGCAUGAUGAUGUAGUGCAGAGGUGAUAGGAAAAGAAAGAGACUCAGUUAUAAUUUUAAGGGGAUCAUCAUUUGGAAGAAGUUGACAUAGUCUGCUAUUUUUAAAUGUAACAACAUAAUUUUGUUUUAUUUCAGCCAAACGUCUAUCUCGUACGGACAAUUUCUUUGUGUUGUGUUUUUGUAGACAGACAUUAAACAGCAAUGGAUAAUAUCA